ACAUCAGUUGAGUAAAAUCUAUUUCGGACUAUGGUAAUAAGAUAUUUGCGGUUCAUAUUUUAUGUGGUUCCUGGUUGAAUGUUGAUGGGUUUGGUUUUUUCCGAGACUUUUUGUGUAUAAAUGAUCUUCUCUGGGAUUGUUUUGGGGAUUGAAGUAAGCAAAGAAAAUCAGAAAUAACCUGUUUAUUGCUUACAAUCUGUUUGCUUUAUUGUUUCUUCCAAUGGAAGAACACACAGCUCAUGAACCUCUUCUUGUAAGCAAAGGUGACAGAUUUGGUCAUGUCAAUAAAACAAGCUUUCUGGUUUCAUCUGUGAAAUGGAUUCUCAAAGCCGCAAUGUGGGUGAUUUUCAUUGCCUGGGCUGCUUUUAUUUUCUUGUUGCCCUCGGAAUUUGUGAACCAAUUGUAUGAGAAGUGGAUUUUGGCUACCUAUCACUCUGUGUUUGGUGUCACAGGAAGUAUAUUUCUGGUGUGCAGUGCCCCAAUUCUUCUCAUUGCAUUUCUUUCUAUAGCACAUCUGAUUCUCUCCCAGGUAGAAGAACCCCCAGAAAAAAAGACUCCGCGUUUCCAGUUCUGGACGUUCCCUGUUAUUGUGGAUGGACCAUUUGGGGUUGUUUCUGCUGCCGAGUUGAUCGGAAUACUGCUCUUUUCUUUGUAUAUUGUCUGGGCUGUUGCUGCUUACACUGUGCAAAACCUCAACAGUUUGUCCCAGUAUCAGUUGACUCUUUUUGAGGAAAGUAUUUGGAUGCUGAAACGCACUGGACUUCGCUUUGGUUCAGUUGGGCUAUUUUGUUUGGCAUUUUUGUUUCUCCCAGUUGCAAGGGGAUCGAUUCUUCUCCGCCUUAUACAUAUCCCUUUUGAGCACGCAGCCAGAUAUCAUGUAUGGUUGGGACAUCUGACAAUGCUGAUCUUUACUCUUCAUGGACUUUUCUAUGUAAUAGCAUGGGCAAUGGAGGGCGAUCUGCUAGCUAGUAUAUUGGAGUGGGACAAUGUUGGUAUUGCCAAUCUUGCUGGAGUUAUCAGUCUUGCUGCUGGUCUAUUAAUGUGGGUGACAUCGCUUCCUCCAGUGAGGAGGAUAAAUUUUGAAUUGUUCUUUUACACACAUCAACUAUACGUAGUCUUCGUCGUCUUCUUGGCAUUGCACGUUGGUGAUUUCAUUUUUAGUAUAGCUGCUGGUGGAAUAUUCCUCUUUAUGCUGGAUCGCUUUCUCCGAUUUUGUCAAUCACGAAGGACCGUCAACAUAAUUUCAGCCACUUGCCAUCCAUGUGGAACAUUGGAACUGGUCCUUUCAAAACCUGGAAAUCUGCAGUAUAAUGCCCUCAGUUUCAUUUUUCUUCAAGUUCGAGAACUAUCUUGGCUGCAGUGGCAUCCUUUCAGUGUUUCAUCUAGUCCUUUGGAUGGCAAAUAUCAUAUGGCGGUUCUCAUAAAGGUUCUCGGGGAAUGGACAGAGAAGCUAAAAGGAAUGAUCUUGAAUGUCUCCGAAGACGAACCUCAAAUAGAGCAAACCUUUCAGCCUCAUCCUAAGAUAACAGUUUCUGUAGAAGGGCCUUAUGGGCAUGAAUAUCCGUACCACUUGAUGUAUGAGAACCUUAUUUUAGUUGCAGGUGGCAUUGGAAUAUCACCAUUCCUGGCUAUCUUGAGUGAUAUUCUCCACCUUCUUAGGGAUAGGAAACCUUGUUUGCCGAGAAAUAUUUUAAUAGUCUGGGCUGUGAAAAGAUCAAAUGAGCUUCCUCUUCUUAAUACAGUUGACAUAGAAUCAAUAUGUCCUUUUUUCUCUGAUACACUGAAUCUUGAUAUCCAAACUUAUGUCACUCGAGAAUCAGAACCUCCACUGGAAGAGGGUAAAGUUUACAAGUCUGUGAACUCUUCUGCCUUCCCCGUCUCCAACAGCCGUAGCAUGUCUGUUUUGGUUGGUACUGGAAAUAUCAUAUGGUCUGGAAUUUAUGUUAUGGUGUCUACUAUUGGCCUGGUUAUCUGUGUGUGGUUGUUGGAUAUUUAUUACAUAAACCCUUUUGGUAUAUCUUACUGGUGGUACAAAGGGCUUCUGUUUAUUGCAUGCAUGACUGCAAGUGUGGUUAUAUUUGGGGGUUUUGUGAUUGGCUUAUGGCAUAUUUACGAAAGGAAAACUUCAGAAAAGGAGGUAUGGGCAGAUGACAGCCAGAACGCUGACAUUGUGCCGUAUAAUGAACCAAGGGCACACAAGGAGUCAUCCCAGGAAAAUUUUUCUAGUUCAAGCACCAUUCAGUACGGUCGCAGACCAGAUUUCGGAGAAAUAUUUGGAUCCAUAUCGGAGCGUUGGGGCCACGUUGAUGUUGGUGUCAUUGUGUGUGGUCCCUACACCCUUCAGACAAGUGUUGCUAAAGAGUGCAGGUCACAGAAUUUAGGAAGAAAAAGCAAUCACCCAAUCUUCCAUUUCAAUAGCCAUAGUUUUGAUCUGUAGCUACUUCCAUGUAUCUUUUGUAUAUCAUAUUCCUUAGCUGAAAUAGGCAGAAUCAUCCUAUUGUGAACUGGACAUCAGCUUUAUUCUAUGGAGCACAAAAACAUGUAUAUAUACAAGUAUAUAUGUAGAGACUGAGAGGGAGCUAAUAUAGGGGAUCUGUGAUCCCUAGUCAAAGUGAAGCCUCAUGCUUCAUGUUCCAUCAUUACUGUAUAUAACUAAGCAUUUUUAUAUGUUAUCAAUAUAAUUGCAGUUUCUAUUUUAAAUUA